GAGAGUAUUGGCGCUGGGACUCGGCCUUCUCACGCCUUUCCGGAUCACAGCUUCGACUAUGUUUCGUCACAUCAGAUUCCUCUUUUCCAUUCUCCUGUUCAUCUGCAUCUGCAAGGUAUCGCAGGUGCUGAGCGAGAAAGGGAACAUUCAUAUAUAAGGUCACGGAACCGGCUGGGUGCUGUUGUUGGCCGGUUGACUUUGGAUCGAGGAGGAAGCUGCACGUAGGAGGGGAACACCGAGCAGCGAGCAGCGAGCGUGAAGUGAGGAGUGUUUCAAGAGUGACUCGCAUGAUGGAGGAUCCGCCCGACGUAGAGUCUCUGGUUUCGGGACUGGUCUCGGAGAAUGACGCUGCCCGGAAGUAUGCAGUAUUCAAGCUGCAGGGUAUGCUCAGCGACCCGUCCUUCGCAGAUGCGUUCAUUCAAGGAGACGGCCUGCUGGCUUUGAGACAAGCGGUCCUGGAGACCACGGGAAACACUCAAGCAUAUGCCUUCGGCAGUCUCGACGCCUUACUGGAGCUGGACAUGGGCUGGGAGGCUUUGGAUGGUCCCAUUAUCGAAAAGGCCGUCUCGCUAGCAGUGUCACAUCCGCUUGUUAACACCGUGCGGAAUGCUCUGACCCUCCUGGUCUUAGUCGUCUCGCGGCCACUUACUGGAGCACGGCGAGAAAGCAAUGAGGCUUCCGGUUUUAGAGCGAUUAAACCUGCACUGGACAGUCACCCGGAGUUUCUUGAAUGCUUAGUCCAACGCUUGAGUGCUUCUGACCACCUUUUGUGUGCAAAUGCUUUGCAGCUUGUGAAUGCUCUCAUGCGAGAUGCAGUCAUUAACGGCGGUGAGCAAGAGUGGCCAAAGUUCGUAAGGCGACUGCAGGACCUCGGUGUUAUUGGCGGAGUAGGCAUGCUCAUGCGUGGUGAUGCUGCUGGUGACCUAAGCAGUCCGCUCGCGUCUGCUAUCCUGGAGUUCCAAAAUCUAACGAAGGUUUUACUACGGAAGUGGAAGGAAGUCCGUGUCAACGUCGAGCUGCCCGAGCAUAAGCGUGCACUCAAGACCAUACAUCUACUCAGCAGACCCGAGCCGUACAAUCCGCCAGUGGCAGAUGACGAUGCGGAUGGCAAGCCACCAAAACGACACCACCCUGAGAAAUGGCGCCGUCUCGGCUUUGAGACAGAGAGUCCGGCGUGGGAGUUUGACGAGACUGGCUAUCUUGGUAUGAUGGAUGUGGUAGAUUAUACCAAACGUAACCAGGAUGCUUACCACAAGGUCUUAAUGGAGCAGUCAGUGCAGCCGAAGGAGCAGCGGUGUCCAAUUGCACGAGCCAGCUUGAGUGUAACCGUCAUUCUAUACGAGCACUUUCAGAUUGACGAAGCCAUCGAGCUUGGGAGCGCUGGCUCUGAAGCUAGGCAUAUGGGAAGCCGUCCUACCGACGCCGAUACGGCCUAUCGCCCGUUGCUUUUACAAUGGGGGAGGCUGCAUGUUGCCGCCCUGAACGCCUUCCUGCGCAUUUGGAAGGUUGCUGGAGCGGAACUCGAAGACUUCUACAAGAUCGACGAGAUAGUUCGCAUCAUUGUUGAGCGUGUAGUAGGCACAGCAAGCCGUAGGACUGAUGUCAGCAAAGUGGAAGAAGAGCUUCGAAGUGUCACACUCGAGACGGCGAGAAAGUGGCAAAUGGAAGGCUUAGAUGACAUCUACGCGGACGCUUGGGGGCCUCAUCUUCAGCAAGUGAGAGAGCAGUUGCAUCAUGAGAGCUUGCAAUUUAUGAAAGAGCAGCGUGUUCGCUGCCUAUUGAAGGGUGCUUGGUUCCCAGCCAGCAUGGCUACGGCGGGCCGUACUGGGCCGUGGCGCUACGUCCGGCUCAGUCACAAUAGGCGUUGGCUGCACCACCUUGAGUAUGCCAGUAAAGGCAGCAACGAGCCAGCAUUGGCCGAUUUGAUCGAGAAGAUCGACCUCGACGUUGUGACCUCCGUAGACAGCAACGUGUCUGCGUCGGAAGAGCAGCAACCGCUCAUGAAUGGUGACAAUUCCAGUAGCGAAACACUCAAAGACUCGCAGCAACACGUCGGCAGUACGACUACGACGAAGAUCACAGUCAUGGGCAACGCAUCCAAGUCCAACACCGAGGAGUCCGUACUACUAGAAUUGUUCCCGCAGACCGCAUCUGAAGCCUCGGAGUGGCUCGACGGACUACUGAUGCUCUUAAACCAGCAACCCAUCACCAAGGACACGACGUCUUUGAUUGACAUGAUGGUUGACUGGGGUGUGCGGUUACGCAUGCUCAAUCUGAGGUGGGAAGACGUCGAUUGGGACGCCCUCGAUCAGAGAGUCAACGGCGUGGAGAUCGAAGCUCGAGAAGUUCCCAGUCGGGAGGGCCUGGACAAUGAUUACUACUACGCAAUGCCGGAGGCGUGAUACAAAUGCCUGUCAACAUGCUCUUUGUUCUUGCGGUUUCCGGCGUUCUCGCAGCAUCAGGGACUCGCGAGCUGCAUAGAUGAUGCCGGCGUUGGAUUGGGACCGGAUUGGCUGGGUUGGGGUGGGCAAUGGAACGAGUAUUAGCAUAUGAUAAGCGCUUGCGUGUGUCACUU